AGAGGGACAGAGGGACAGAGCCCCCAGAAAUGCUGUUCCCGGGAGGCAGGCCCUGGGCCCUGCCCUCCCUCUGCUUCUGCAUUCUGGUCCUGGCCUGUCUUGUGGCAUGCCAGCAAGCUGUGUUGGAGGAAACCCCCACCCCCUCGCCGGAGCCGAAGGCCAGUCAUGCCUGGAGCCUGGUUCCGGGCAAGAUGAAGGAGUGGGUGCAGCCGCUGGUGACCAGGACCAGAGAGAGGUGGGAGUGGUUCUGGGGCCCCGGGGCCUUCCAGGGCUUUGUGCAGACCUACUAUGAUGAUCAUUUGAGAGACCUGGGCUCCCGCACCAAGGCCUGGAUCCACAGCUCCAAGGACAGCCUCCUGAACAAGGCCCAUAACCUGUGUCCCCAGCUUUUCUGCGGAAGCAGGGACUAGGUUUCAAGGGUUCACAGGCUUUGCAAUAAAGUUCUCCUCCGUG